ACACGAUCCGCUUCAAGUUUUCUCUCGGUUGGGGAAGGAAAGAGGAGUUUUGACAUGGAGAGUACAAGUCACAGAGGAUGACAAACUUUUGACUGACAUAUGUUUUCAGGAAUGUGCUUUUCUCCAUCAUGUCCAGAUGAUGAUGGCCAAACUGCAGCUCAAACUUCUCACAAGUGCUGGAGAAAGGAGUUUUCGUGUAAGAGAGAGCGAACAAGGAUCCCUGUACAAGAUUGUUCGCUUUAUUAGUUAAAGUUUCUGCAUUCACUUAUUUUAAACGGACGCUUGAGUUGUGACAGUUAUUGGAUUUUAACGGACACGUUCAGAGGGAUUCGAAACUUCAAGUGAACUUUAUUCCUAAGCUGUCAAGUUGGUUUUAUCGGCGUUAUAAAGGAUAACAUAUACGCAAAAAGUAUUGAAUUUUACGGACAUCAUGCAGAAGUUGAAUUCGGUAAACAGUAUGAAUUCGGAGCUCCAGCAGCGGCUGGCGGAUAACGGCGGAUCCGGAGAGGCAGCGAGGGAGAACGGCACGAAACACAUCCUGAGCCCCGCUGAACCUGUGGAUACGGUUCAGUGCUCCAGCAGAAAGAUGCUGGUCGGGCUGGACAUACUCUGUCUGCUCGUGGCCUCCAUUCCAUUCUUUGCCUGUGAGCUUAAAGCGGUGACUCCGUACAUGAGAGGCUUCUUCUGUGGGGAUACCAGCAUUACCUACCCUUACAUAGAAAGUGAAGCCAUUCCUGAUAGCGUGCUCAUAGCCGGGGGCAUCAUAAUCACAGGCCUUACGAUUGCAGUCGGGGAGUGUUACCGGGUACGAUUCAGAGAUGUGCACUCACGGGCAUUUGUACGCAACCUCUAUGUGUCUUGUCUCUACAAGGAGCUGGGCAGCUUUCUAUUUGGCUGCUGCGUGGGGCAAUCUUUAACCAACAUGGCAAAGCUGAGUGUUGGCCGACUCCGUCCCCACUUCCUGUCGGCGUGCAAUGUGACCUAUGAAUCACUCAACUGCACACCCGGAACCUACAUCUCACAUGUUGUCUGCAAAAGCACAAAAAAGAUAGUGGAGGAGGCCAGAAAAUCCUUCUUCUCGGGCCAUGCAUCUUUCGCCAUGUACACCAUGCUUUACCUGGCAUUCUACCUGCAGGCACGGUUGUCAUGGCAAGGGGCACGGCUUCUACGACCGUUGCUGCAGUUCAUGUUGGUGAUGUUGGCAGUGUACACAGGACUCAGUCGCAUUUCAGACUACCGCCAUCACCCCACUGAUGUCUUGACUGGCUUCCUGCAGGGAGGACUGACUGCUUACUGGGUGGCCUUUUAUAUCUCGUCCAUGUUUAAGACGUCUCGUCCAGACAUGUCUCCAACAAGCUUGUCUCUGGAAAGUCCCCUGUCCAGCCAGCAGACCGUCUGCUAACAGACCUGCACGCAGAAACACCUGAGGGAGACUAAUAGCGAAAGCACGAGUGAUCGGGAAUGGGACAAAGUACAUGUUUGUGUCUUGACAAAUCCUCAACCAUUUCCAGCCCACCCUGAGAGAAGAACAGUUAAAUAUUAUACAUGUCUAACCCUUCGACAAACCCGUCCACAGUGUAUCGACCCUCCAUAGAUAAAAGAUAUUUUUAUAUAAAAAGUUUAUCCUUUAUAUUUUUGGAAAUAUGUUAUAGUUGAAGCUGCUAAUAAUUGUUGUUUUAUCAUUGGUCACCUCUGUUCAGGCACAGAGAUCCACACGUCAUAGUGGUCAAACUCAACAUGUCAAGCUUUCUGCUCAUGUUGACUAUUAGAGGCCCAGUCCAAUCAAGUUGGACAAAAUUAAAUAAAUAAAUUAUAUAUGUAUAUAUACAGUAUAUAGACCAAUCGCAACAACCCUUUAUGGAGCCAGAUCAGUCUCAAAACUAAUACAUUUACAAAAUACAAUUCAAAGAUCCACAACACAAUUCACAUUCACAAAAUACAAUUUGAAAAUUCAAAACACGAUUCAUAAACACACAAAUCCAAUUCGUAAAUUCAAUACACAAAUCCAAUUCGUAAAUUCAAAACACGAUUCAUAAAUGCACAAAUCCAAUUUGUAAAUUCAAUACACAAAUCCAAUUCGUAAAUUCAAAAUACGAUUCAUAAACACACAAAUCCAAUUCGUAAAUUCAAUACACAAAUCCAAUUCGUAAAUUCAAAACACGAUUCAUAAACACACAAAUCCAAUUUGUAAAUUCAAUACACAAAUCCAAUAUGUAAAUUCAAAACACGAUUCAUAAACACACAAAUCCAAUUUGUAAAUUCAAUACACAAAUCCAAUAUGUAAAUUCAAAACACGAUUCAUAAACACACAUAUCCAAUUUGUAAAUUCAAUACACAAAUCCAAUACGUAAAUUCAAAACACGAUUCAUAAACACACAAAUCUAAUUCGUAAAUUCAAAACACGAUUCAAAAAUACACAAAUCCAAUUUGUAAAUUCAAUACACAAAUCCCAUACGUAAAUUCAAAACACGAUUCAUAAACACACAAAUCCAAUUUGUAAAUUCAAUACACAAAUCCAAUACGUAAAUUCAAAACACGAUUCAUAAACACACAAAUCCAAUUUGUAAAUUCAAUACACAAAUCCAAUACGUAAAUUCAAAACACGAUUCAUAAACACACAAAUCUAAUUCGUAAAAUCAAAACACGAUUCAAAAAUACAAAAAAUCCAAUUUGUAAAUACAAGACAUGAUUCAAAAACACACAAAUCCAAUUCGUAAAUUCAAAACCCGAUUUGAAAAUACACAAAUCCAAUUUGUAAAUUCAAAACAUGAUUCAUAAAUAUGCAAAUCCAAUUCAUUUGGUAAAAUAUUUAUGAUUGUUUACUUGUAAAUUCACAAAUUGUGUUUACAAAUUGGAUUUUGUAAAUGUGAAGUGUUGUUGUGGAUGUGUUAAUUUCAUUUUGUAAAUAUAUUAUUUUUGAGACUAAUCUGGCUCCGUUCCCUUUGGCCUUAAACCACACCUCCUUUAUGUCUGUUAUUGGACCUGCCUAGACCACUGUUCUGGUGCGCUGUUGCACAAUCAUAGCGGUGCCGAUUGUAGACACCCUCUGUUUAUAAAAGCACAGAUGCUAAUGCUAUUAAGCUUGUGUUGUAUUAAAGUGGGCUAAACUUGUUCGUACUAACCACUUUCACUGCAUGAGUGUGACUGAAAGGAGAUUUUAAACCUCCUCGCGCCCCUCCGCAUAUUGAGGGCUAAAUCGUGGCCUGACGCUCAGCGGACGGGGGGUUUUAUACCUGUGUACUCUUUACUACUCAUAGCACUUGAAUUACUCUACGGAAUCUAAUUACUACAGAUAAUAUUUUAUAUUUUGUCUUCUUUAAUCAGUGUUUUACUUUCAUCCUGCAGUCAGUGCCAUUUGUGUUCGUCUUUGUGUUUAUUUUUCCCCCAAAUUAUAAUUAUUCUGAAUGAAUGUAAAUAAAACAUUUUAUAAACGCAGAUUUUCAGAAGUAUUAGCUCACGUUUUGUAAAUUCUUGUUUUACGUGUUUAUACAGUAUAUAUAUGUUUUAUGUCCAUCAGGUACACAGAGUUAUUGUUGCUAAUUGUUAAAGAGACUAGUGACUGAGCCACAGAUUGUCAGAAAGCUAUAUUCUACUUAUUUAGUUUCGUUUCAUUUGUUGGUUUCCCCUGUGAACAGCCGGUAAGGCUGAAAUAACCACUGUAUUAAUAAACCAAACCAAUAAAAUGAAUGUUCAAUCUUUGUA